AUGACAUCAGAAAGGGAGGUGAUGCAAGCAGGGCAGAGCCUCUGUCCUGGUGGCUUUCCUCUCGGCAGCCGUGUGCCAUCCAGACUGAGGAAGACACAGAAACUGUGCGGCCACGUGAGCCCUGGCCAUGACCGCAUCGCCAAGUACUGGAAGCACCCGGGAGGCCAGAAAGAUGCUGGUGGCAUGCAUCACCGCGGGAUCAACUUCCACAAAUAUCACUCAGGUUACUUGGGGAAAGUUGGUAUAAGGCAUUACCACUUGAACCGGAACCAGAGCUUCUGCCCAACUGUCAACCUGGAUAGGCUGUGGACGCUGGUCAGUGAGCAGACCUGGGUGAACGCUGCCAAGAACAAAACGAGAGCUGCCCCCAUCAUUGAUGUGGUGAGGUUGGGCUACUAUAAAGUUCUAGGAACAGGAAAGCUCUCAAAGCUCCCAGUCAUUGUCACAGCCAAAUUCUUCCGUAGAAAAGCUGAAGAGAAGAUUAAGGACAUUGGGGGAGCCUGUGUCCUGGUGGCUUGAAGCCACUGUUCAUUAAAGUGCUUCUCUGCUGA